CGUGGCCUCAUGAUGUCACUGUGGAGAAACGAAAGUAGUGAGAGCUGUAUUAUAAGCACAGUCCAGUUGCUGCAGCUGGACUCGACAUCCAGCUUGAAGCUUCUCCAGACGUUCUUAGAGGAUCUACCACCACUGCAGGUGAGAGAACCUCUACAGGAAGCAGGAGGAAGUAGCCAGAAAGGAGAAACUGGAGUCACUGCUGAGACUUUCUGCUGUAUUUAGCUUGUUUCUGUCAUUGACUUGUCAUGUCUUCCUCCAGCAGUCUCCUGUCUGAAGAUCAGCUCCAGUGCUCUGUCUGUCUGGAUGUGUUCACUGAUCCAGUCUCGACUCCAUGUGGUCACAACUUCUGCAUGGUCUGUCUCAAAGAGUGCUGGGACAGCAGUUCACGCUGCCAGUGUCCAGUUUGUAAGAAAGAAUUCCCUACAAGACCUGAACUGUCUGUGAACACGUUCAUCUCUGGACUGGCUGCUCAGUUCAGAAAGUCAGUUCAGGUCAAAUCCAGCAGAGCUCCAGAGAAACGACCCUCCAAAGCUACAAAGGUUCUGUGUGACUCCUGCAGUGAGGAGGCUGUAAAGUCCUGUCUGGACUGUGGAGUGUCUUACUGUGAGACUCAUCUGACGCCUCAUAAAACUGCAACUAAACUCAAGAAGCACAAACUGAUGGACCCUGUGGAGAACCUAGAGGACUACAUCUGCCAGAAACAUGAGAGACCCCUGGAGCUGUUCUGUAGAGAUGACCAGACGAGUGUGUGUCGGUUCUGCACUGAGACAGACCACAAGACUCACAGCACUGUUCCUGUAGAGGAGGAGAUUGGAGAGAAGAAGACUCAGCUGGUGAAAACACAGGCAGAAGUUCAGCAGAUGAUCCAGGACCGACUGAAGAAGAUUGAGGGAAUCAAACACUCUGUAAAACUCAAUAAAAAAAGCUCAGAGAAGGAGAAAGCAGACAGUGUGGAGGUCUUCAGAGCUCUGGUGCGCUGCAUUGAGAGAAGCCAGGCGGAGCUGCUUGAGGUGAUGGAGGAGAAGCAGAAAGCAGCAGAGAGGCAGGCUGAAGAGUUCAUUAAAGAGCUGGAGCAGGAAAUCACUGAGCUAAAGAGGAGAGACACUGAGCUGGAGCAGCUCUCCCACACUGAGGACCACCUCCACCUCCUACAGGUUUACCCGUCCCUCUGCAGCCGUCCACACACCAAGAACUGGACUGACGUCAGGAUUAACUCUCAUCUGAGGGUGGAGACUCUGAGGAGAGCUCUGUCUCAGCUUCAGGAAGAGCUCAGUAAGGAGAUGGAGAAGAUUCCUGAGAUCAAACUAAAAGCAGUUCAGCAAUAUACAGUGGAUGUGACUCUGGAUCCUGAUUCAGCUCAUCCUGCUCUUAUUCUGUCUGAUGAUGGGAAACAAGUAACACACAGAGACACAGAACAGAAUCUCCCUGACAACCCAGAGAGGUUUGAUGAAUAUUUUUAUGUGCUGGGAAAGGAGGGGUUCUCCUCAGGGAGGUUUUACUAUGAGGUUCAGGUCAGUGAGAAGACUGAGUGGGUUUUAGGAGUGACCAGAGAGUCCAGUAACAGGAAGGGAGAGAUUACACUGAGUCCUGAGGAUGGAUACUGUACUGUGUCUCUGAAUGAAGGGUCUGAAUAUGAGGCUGCAGACUCUCCCUCUGUCCUCUUCUCCUUGGAUCAGGCUCCCCAGAAGGUGGGGGUGUUUGUGGAUUAUGAGGAGGGUCUGGUCUCCUUCUAUGAUGUUAAGACCAAUUCUCAUAUCUACUCUUUCACUGGUCAGUCUUUCACUGAGAAACUCUAUCCAGUGUUUAACCCUUGCACCAACAAUGAAGGUAAAAACUCAGCACCGCUGAUCGUCACACCUGUUGAACAUGAUAAAUGAGGCACUUUUCUACAAUAAAACACUUUAGUGUGUCAGAAGAAGCUUUUAGUAUGACAUUUCAGAGCAAGAAUAAAUAAUGUUUUUUGAAUGAAAAUCAUACAUUAUGCUGUUAAUGAACAAAAUUUUAAAUUAGUGAAUGAAUAAAUGAAUCAGUAGCUUCUAACUGGUUACUUUGCACUAAAGGCAUCUGCCUCAAGUUAUUCUUUUUCAUAGUGGUUGGUAAAGUGUAGUUGUUGGUAUAGUGCCUUCUACACUGUAGACUGGGGUUCAAUCCCUGCCUGGGUAAGCACCCUACACUAUACCAAUAAGAGUCCUUGGGCAAGACUCUUAACACUACCCUCACCUACCUGUGUAAAAUGAUCAAAUUGUAAGUCUGGAUAAGAGCGUCUGCCAAAUGUCAUAUGAUUUAAAAAGAAUAUUCAGUUUAGCUGCUACAGAACCACUCUUGUUAUAUGUGUUGUCUCAAGGCUUGUGGGCAUUUUAUUGUCUUUCCCUUUAAUGUCCACACAGUGAAUUACCUGUAUUGAAAAUAUUGUGGGUUAUAUCUCACUAAUUAGAUCACACUGAACAACUUUUCAUAGAUUUGUUUUCCAGAUUUGCCCUCAGAUCAGGAAUUAUGAACAUCUGGCCAGGUGAGAUGCUCACUUAAAGAAAUAAUAUAGCAAAAAGAUCCAAUUUACUUGAUUUUCCUUUAACCAUAAAUGUAAUGUGUCUGUAAUAAAGUUUCACAGUCUUUUCUGGACUUUUCUGAUGCAUCUAAUGGGGCAGCCUCAAAUAAAGCUCACUUUGACAUUGAAAUCUGCCAGUGGCUGAGUUGAACAUCCAUUCCUGAACAGCACAUGAGCUGCAAGUGACUCAGGUUUCUAAAUUACUCAUAAGAACAGGCACUAAGCCACAUACCAGCUAGGAAAACGUCUGCGAACAAAAAAAAA